AGCGCUAGUGGCGUAUUCAAUCCGCACCGCUGAGUAUCGUCUCAACUUCGAACCAUCUCCCCGGUUGCCCUUGUAGCUUCCACCCUUCACUUCUCCUUCAACCAUCUUCAUACUUUAGCUGCCAAAAUUGCUUUCUCAAGUUUCAAAGCUUCCUUCACUACAAAUGUUAAUUACUUGAAACGAAGGUUCAGCUCCGGGGAUCUUUCCUCGGAGCUAGAUGAACCAGGUGAUGAAGGUAUUCAACCACAGCAAUCACAGCAACCCAUGCAACAGCAGCAGCAGCAACAGCCACAGCCACAGCCACAACAACCACCCAUUGGGCAAACUGAACAGCCAUUACAGCAGCAGGCUUCACAGCCGCCACCCACAUCACUGUCCUUCACCAGAGGUGGUAGUAAAACAACUAGUGCUCCCUCUAGUCCAGCCAAGACAAGGGAGAGUCUCUUGCAAAGAGUACAAUCGCUAACAGGAGCAGCCAAGGAGCAGGGAGCAAGUCUUAUAGGAGCUGCUGUGUCAAGUGCAGCAAGACCAUCUUACAACAAAGAUAGAUGUUUUACUCUACUUGUAAUCGACGACCAAAAUACUGAUUGGUCAAAAUACUUCAGAGUACGGCGCAUUCACGGUGAUUAUGAUAUAAGAGUAGAACAGGCUGAGUUUCGAGAGUUAUCACUUAUUGCAAACUCUGAACAAGGGACUUUGAUAAAUAUGACAGUGAUCAGAAAUGGAACAAGGGUUGCAAGGACAUUUCGACCUGAUUUUGUUUUGGUUCGUCAAAACUUGAGAGAUGCUGGAGAGGAUUACAAACCCAUUCUGUUGGGACUCAAAUAUGGUGGAGUUCCCAGCAUCAAUACAUUAUCAGCCAUUUACAACUUCCAAGACAAACCAUGGGUCUUUGGUCAUCUUAUUAGCUUACAGAAAAGAAUGGGAAAAGAAAAUUUUCCUCUGAUUGAUCAAGCCUUUUAUCCAAAUCAUAAGGAAAUGAUGUCUAUCAGUAAAUUACCAGCAGUUGUAAAGAUCGGGCAUGCACAUUCAGGUUUAGGAAAAGUCAAAGUCGAAAAUAACUCAGAUUUCCAAGAUGUUGCAUCAGUAGUAGCAGUAGCCAACACUUACUGUACUACAGAGCCCUACAUUGAUUCUAAAUAUGAUAUCCAUAUUCAGAAAAUUGGAAAUAAUUAUAAAGCAUUUAUGAGAAAAUCUAUAUCAGGAAACUGGAAGACAAACACAGGCUCUGCAAUGCUGGAGCAAAUUCAAAUGCUAGAUCGAUAUAAAAAUUGGAUUGAUGCAGUUACUGAACUUUUUGGUGGACUUGAUAUGUGUGCACUAGAGGUUAUCGUGAGCAGGGAUGGAAGAGAAUCAAUAAUUGAAGUUAAUGACUGUGCAUUAAGUUUAAUGGGUGAUUCUCAAGAAGAAGACAGAAGACUUAUAGCUGAUCUUGUUUGUCAGAAAAUGCAGACCGUACUUCGUGCCAUGCCAGGGAUGACCAAAGCAACUUCUAGAACAUCAGUUUCCAGUACAUUUGAUGACGAAGAUAUGUCCAGAGGUGAUCUACCUCAAGGCCCUAGUCCACAACCAAGAAGAGACUCACAAGUUUCGCAAACCAGUACAGUGAGUUCAGUUAGUGCAGCAGGCAGGCCAACUCUGGGUCGCCAAGGAUCAACAGCAGGUUCAGAAGACACCGAAGAUACCAUGAAAAACUUAAGAAAAACAUUUGCAGGGAUAUUUGGUGAUAUGUAAAAACAUAUUUUAUUUAUUUUAUUUUAAGUGAGUUAGUCAUUAAUAACUUUGAUUAACAAACUAGGAGUGAAUGUCACUUCAUAAAAAUUCUCUUUAAAACUGUAUUUAGGAAUAAAAAAAAAAACAAAUCAAUAAGACAUCAUCAGUCUCAAUAUUAAACCAUGUCAUUGAAAACCCCUACCUUCCUCAAAGUAAAAAAAAAAACUUAAAAUUUCAUUACAUUGAGAUAUAUAAUUCUUUAAUCAGUAAGUAAUUGAUAUACUGCCAAGUAGAAAAUAUGAAUAAUUAAUAGUUGUUCAUGAAAUUCAGCCAAUAAUCUUUUUCUUUUCUUUUUUACAUGGGGAAUAUUUUCCCAAUCAUAAGAACUUUUACUACCUGAGCAUCAAUUAUUUCACCUUUAUUUUUAUGGCUGCUAUUGUGAUGUAUUAUAAAAUACUAGGUAAGAGUUACUUUUGAAUUUUCAUGGCCAAGAGCCACAGGUGGAUCUAUGGAGAGGAGGAGGAGGGCUCUCAGGCAGUACUAAAAUGGUAAAAUAUAACCUUUUCUUAGAAAAACAGUAUUAUAAAAUUAUCUCUAAAAGUAUUAUUGUCCCUGUAAUUACAUUUAAUAGGAUUUCAAGAAUCACUUAAACACCAUUUCUUAUUGGUAGUUAGUUUCUUUCUUUUUCUUUCUAAGUAAUUAUCGUUAUAUAUUUUUUUAAAAAAGUUUUCGGACUGAAGUCCUCCAAAAUUAAAUAUUGGAUCCAUUAGUGCCGGGUGCUAUCAAUUUGGUAUAGUCAAUCACAAUCUGAUAUAAUUAUAGGAAACUAAUUUAUUAGUUUUUACUUAGUACUUACUUUACUUUUUUACUUACUUUUAUAACUAAUAUUUUACAAUAUAUGACAGCAGCCAUAAAAAUAUAGGUGAAACUGUUUAUUUGGAUCAUGAAUUAAUUAUCUGAAUAUAAUAAAAGCUCUAAUGUGCAAGGUAAACAUUCCCCAAAACGUAGAUAUAAAACUGUUAUAAUGAAAAAACAAAACAGUUAAAGAAAGAUUAAGAUUUCCAAAUUUACCUACUUAAUUAAAUUGAAACUUGCCCACAAAAUGUAACCAAGAAGAAAUGUUAUUUCAUUUUUUAACAGCUACUGAUUAAAAUUAGGUCUCAAGAACAUACUACAAUAAUGAAAAGUACUAAAAUGUUUUCAAUAGGUUUUAUUGUUCAAAUCAUUCAAUUUUUAUUUUAUAAUGAUACUGAUCUAUGGGAUCAAACCACUCUUUCACAAUUAAUUUAUUAUAAGUAUUAUCACAUACAUGCAUAUACAUAUUAAUUCAUUUCUUAUACAUUCAUUACAUUGUGAUUUUAUCUAAAUACUAAAAUAUUAAUUGUGCAUAUUAUCUUUAUAUUAUUACUCUUGAAAAUCAUAUUUACCCAUCCUCCUAUUUAAUGAAAAAUGAUUAUUCUGUAUAAAAAGACUAACUCUGUAGUUCAGAUCUUGAAAUUAAAAAAAACUAACAUUUUACUUUUCAAUAUAUCUGCAUUUUUAAAGAUUUUAUUAAAAGUAAAUAAAGUCUUAAUUAUUUGGAUUCUUAAAUUGUGUUAAUUCUUCUACUUAAUGGUUCUGCGAUCCCUGCAAUCAGUAAUAAAUUCAUAAUUUCAAAUAUAGAUAUCAAAAGUUAAAACAUUUUGUAGUAUUUUUAAAAUCUAUUUGGUUUGGGUUUGACUUACGGCUACGACUCUAAGUCAACUUUUUUAAUAGUUUACAAGUGUGAUUUAUUUUUAUAUGAUGGGAUUUAGAUAUUAAUUAGUCUUUUUAAGCUUAGGUCAAAUUUGUAAAAAAAAAAAAAAAAAAAAAAUACAUAGUGUAGUUUUUAAGCCCUCCCUUGUUGUUGACAAUACUUGAAAAGAAAUAUUUAUUACUUAUGUAUUUAUUCAUGUUAAAGCUUCCAUAUUUGUAAUUGUUACCAUGUUAUUAGUUUGUAAUUAAGUCCAUUUUACCUGGACUGCUUGUUACAUCGAAUCCAUUGUUUUGUUGUUCGUUUAAAAACUGUUUUUCUUUAAUGCCUAAAGGAAAUCCAGGUUUUAGAAUAGUUUUUGGCAUAAAAAAAAAAAUAAAAAAAAAAGGUCAACUGAUCUCAGCUAUUAUACUUCUAGAUAUAAUAAAUGCUCAGAUGUUAUUUGCUUCACUUGAGCACUACUAAUAUUCAUGUGAUGCAAUAAUAAAGUUUAUAUAUAUAUAUAUGCAUGUAUAUCAGUAAGAUUAUGAAAUCUUAACUGGAGGGAAAAAAAUAUGGAUGUGAGCAUGUAUUAUUUAAUUUUUAAAAAAGCUUUUUAUUUAACCAUUUAUCAAAAGCAGCUUAAAAACCAAAGACAUUAGCACAUAAGUUAUAUACUAAGGGAUAUGGCAUAAAAGCCAUUAAUGAUAAAUAUAUUUAUUAUAUACCUUAAUUCGUAAGUAUUUUAUGACUCUAAAUGUUGUAUGUACCUUUUAUUUCUUUUGUUUUAUAAUGAUUUCAAUACAUGACCUGGAAUUGAGGCCUUCUAGAACAAAAUGUGAAAAACAAACCAACCUAUCAGCAGGUCAACAAUGCAUUAUGUUUAAUAUAUUACUUAUGUUAAUGAAAAAUAUCAUAUAAGUGUAUAUAUGUGUGUGUUGAGAAGCUUAGAUUUUUCAAUGUGCUAGUAAUAGUAUGAUAAUGGAAGUAGUGAAGGGUUUUAUAAAUAAAUAUAAAAAUAGAAUUGCUAUAUUCAUCAGUUCCUUUAGAAGUUCAGAAUUAAUAAAGUUGCUGAUUUAUGACUGAUAUAUAUAUAUAUAUAUAUAUUUUUUUUUUUUUUUCAACACCCAAUAGUGGGGAAAGACAGGAGAAAGUGUGUACAAUACCAUAAAACAGGGAAACUUUAAUCAUUGAGGAUGAUGCUAUUCUAAAACUAGAAUAAUUUCUUGAUGAGAUAAGAAAAAACUAAUGGAAUACCUGACAACUUAUGAAUGGCUUCUUUGUAAAACUGGAAGAACUCUUUGGAACGGAUAGUUGUUUCUAGAAAUUGGGAACAGAAAAAUGAUUCUAGUUUUGGAGUAAUGUUACUCCAAAUGGCAUAAAGUUCCCAUGGCAUAAAGUUUUAUGGUACUUUAUCUUAAUACUAAAUAGAUUCACACGAUUUAUUUAUAUAAAUAACCACUUGAAGAAAUUCUAAUAUUUUUCAAUACUUUAUUUUUUAAUUUGAGUUAAUGUCUUUUACAUCAGAAUAGACAUUGAAUCAUUUCUUAUCUUACACAUUAUAGCAAGUUGUAAUUUAUAAAAAAAAAAAAGUAUUUCAACUGUAAGAAAUUCUACACUACUUUCCAAAUAGAAUUUUCAUAUUAUGAUGGUAGAAAGCAACAUAGUUUAUAUAGCAGCUUAUGACCAUUUUAAAGUGCUUUGUAAGUUUUUUGAAUGUAAUUUAAUCAGGCAAUAUGUAAAUAUGUGCCUGGAAUUAAAUCAUUGUAUGUAGUUUACAGCACAAAAGGCAUUCAUUUUUAUGAAUAUAGAAAAGCCUUAAAUACUUGAAAGUAAGUUCAUGAAAUAUGCACAUAAAACAUUCAAAUAAAUAAUUGUGUUAUUAAUUAUCUAUUGGAACUUCUUGUCUUAUUUUCAAAUAUUUACUUAGUAGUAUCUAUAUAAUUGAACAUUGAAUCUCUGGGUUCAUUAAGUCUAAUUAUUAUUAUUAUUAAACAGUUCAACAAGGG